GCACAUCUAGACCCACACAGAUGUUCUUGAUCACGUCACAGCUCUACUACACUCACUCCCACCCGGCAGUGAACUUGAAUGCAGAGCAGUGAGAGGUAGCGAAAAGCAGAGGAUAUCAGCUACAGUAUAUCGCUAUUGGGAGCACUUAAUUCUGCUGCGAUGGGUACGUUGGGUCCAUUUCGCAUGUUCUUGCUUUUUGCGUUGGCUCAGCAUAACGUCUUUGUAGCCGCCAGCGACGUGCUCGAGCUCGGGGAUUCUGAUUUCGAUGACACGGUAGCAGAGUACGAGACUGUGUUGGUGGAGUUCUUCGCGCCUUGGUGUGGUCACUGCCAGCAACUAGCCCCAGAAUAUGAAACUGCAGCAACAAAACUAAAAGGGACAGUGUCUUUAGCUAAAGUAGACUGCACAGUGAACUCUGAGACGUGUGGACGUUUUGGGGUCAAUGGGUACCCCACACUCAAAAUGUUCCGCAAUGGAGAGGACUUUGCUGCUUAUGAUGGACCCAGGAGUGCAGAUGGCAUUGUGAGCUACAUGAAAAAACAGGCAGGUCCCAGUUCCGUACCUCUGCACAAUGAGAGAGACCUAGAUGCAUUCGUCAACCAUUUUGAAGCCAGUGUGGUUGGUUUUUUCUCAAGUGCUGACAGCUCUCAGAUGGCUGAGUUUCUGAAGGCGUCUAGUGCCAUGAGAGACAGCCACCGCUUUGCCCACACUGCAGACCUGAGCCUGGGCCUCAAACACGGCGUGGAAUCAGACACAGUGGUGCUCUUUCGGCCCCCGCGACUCAACAGCAAGUUUGAGGACAGCUUGGUCAAGUCUGAUGAGGCUGUCUCGAUCGCCUCUCUCCGUCAAUUCAUCAGAGAUAAUGUGUUUGGGCUGUGCCCCCAUCUGACUGCUGAGAACAGAGAGAACAUGAGGGGACGGGACUUGCUGGUGGCCUACUACGACGUGGAUUACCUCCGCAACAUCAAGGGCACCAAUUACUGGAGGAACAGGGUGAUGAAAGUGGCCACUCAGUUCCAGUCUCAGGGGCUGAAUUACGCUGUGGCCAACAGGGCUGAGUUCCAGGAAGAGCUGGAGGAGGAGUUUGGCCUGGGGCCAGCCGACGGGGGAGAGCUGCCUCUCAUCACCAUCAGGAACAGGGAGGGCCAAAAGUACAGCAUGCAGGAGGAGUUCACACGGGACGGGAAAUCCCUGGAGAGGUUCUUGGAGGACUACUUUGCUGGUAAACUGAAGAGGCAGGUCAAGUCAGAGGCUGCUCCCGAAAACAAUGACGGCCCAGUCAAGGUGGUGGUGGCGGACAACUUUGAGGAGUUAGUGAACAACCCUUCCAAGGACGUGCUGCUGGAGUUUUAUGCACCCUGGUGUGGACACUGCAAAAGCCUGGAGCCCAAAUACACAGAGCUUGGGGAACAGUUGUCCGCCAACACCCACAUUGUUAUAGCAAAGAUGGAUGCCACUGCUAACGACGUUCCUCCAACCUACGAUGUCCAGGGUUUCCCCACAAUUUUCUUCGUCCCAGCAGGACAGAAGGACCUGCCUCGGAAAUACGAGGGUGGCCGUGAGGUGAAUGAUUUCCUCAACUAUCUGAAGGAGGUGGCCACACAUCCCCUUAUCCUGGGCAAUGCCAGAGAAGACUUGUGAGAGCGCAAUGAAGAGAGAGAAGAAAAAAACAAGGGAUGAGUGGACUGGCAAAGAAGCAAAGAAGCAGAAGACAUGAACUAUGAGGAGAAAGAAAGGAGCCACCCAUUGCAACACACAGUUUCAGACCAGAAGAUCUCCUUUGGUUGUCUGUGCCAUACCAGCAACACUGAAUGCUCAUAACAUAGAGAACUUCUAAAUUAAACAAUCAGCAGUUUUUUCUUGGAACUUCAAAAGAGUAAUGUUCUGAAUGUGAGAGGAAGGAGCAUCUGCAAGCACAGUAAUAGGUAGCACAUGUGCAGAUAGGCAUGUGCAGAUUGCCAUUAAACUGGUGACUUGAUGGUUGCGAUUAAUAUUCCCAAGAAAGGCAUACUAGUGUAGCGAGUGAGGUACCUCAGACUAUAGAUAAAUGUAGAAAAUAAAAAUUAUGUGCAACAGUUUUUGCGAAGUUACUUACAGGUACAAAGAAAAAAGUGUCUGCUAAGCAAAUAGAUAAAAAUGGAAUAAAAUACCUGAUACAGGGGCUUCCCGAGUGGUGCAGCAGUUUAAGGCACUGAGGUGUCACUACAGACCCGGGUUCGAUCCCGGGCUAUAUCACAACCGGCCGUUAUCGGGAGUCCCAUAGGGCGGUGCACAAUUGUCCCAGCUUCGUCCAGGUUAUGGGAGGGUUUGGCCAGGGGGGGGGGGGGCUUUACUUGGCUCAUUGUGCUCUAGCGACUCCUUGUGGCUGGUCAGGUGGCUGCAGGCUGAUUGUGGUUGUCAGUUGAACGGUGUUUCCUCCGACACAUUGGUGUGGCUGGCUUCCGGGUUAAGCGGGCGGGUGUUAAGAAGUGUGUUUUGGUGGGUCAUGUUUCGGAGGAUGCAUGAUUUGACCUUCGCCUUCCGAGCCCGUUGGAGUUGCAGCGAUGAGGGAGAAAAAGGUGGUAAAAGGGACAGAGUUUGGGAAAUUCUGAUUUAGCAGACACAUCCAUUUUUGUGUGAAAAUAGGGUGAAGACUACUGAAGCACUAUGGACAGGCUUAGAUUUCAGUUGGACUUUUAUGCCAAGCAUCUCACCUGCUCUUCUUGAGGAGAGGCAACCUUAAAGUUUGAAAUGUCCCCUCAUUGUACUGAAUUUAUCAUUAAUACACUCCAUAUCACUCUAUUUUGCUUUGUGUUACGUACACAAUAUAGCACAUCAUCCACAUAUUAGUACGUUUUAUUAGAGACAUCUGUAUAUUUGUUAUCAAAUUAGUGAUAUUUAUUGGUAUUAUUUAUUUUUCAUAGAAUGUGUAGUUACAUCAGCUAGCACCGUGAGAUUCAUGUUUUACAUCAAAUUUGACUGUUACAUCUCAUUUAGCUUUUUAUUUGUUUAACUAUUGAAAUCAUUUGAGAUGUCUUACAUGAAAAGAGUUAUCAACUUGAAGAUCAGGCAAUGUCCAAUGCAUGGGUAUUAUUUGAUAAAUAAAAAAGACGUCACAGAA